AUGGCUGGUGUGAUCGGAAAGGCUCAAGAGCAGGUUGCUCAGGCCCUCGAGGCCGCGACUGCUGCGGUUUCGCUCGGUGCGCCCGCAGACGCUGUGUACGUCGACGAGGCUACCGGAGACGACAAGGACGGAGACGGCUCGCAGGCGAAGCCGUUCAAGACGGUCGCUGGCGCCUACAUCGCUCGCACAAGCGACGCGAUCAACGUGCAUGUUCGCCAGGCGCCUGCCGAGGGACAGACUGAGGGCUCCUGGGCGGCAGCGACCGCGUCGGCAAAGAAGAAGGCAGCGAAGCUCCUCCAGACCCACAAGAACAAGCUCGCGAAGCAGGAGGAGUUGCGCAAGCGUGAGGAGGCCGAGGGCGAGGCUCGCAGGGCUGCAGAGGCGAAGAAGCUCGAGGAGGCAAAGGCGAUCGUUCUCGAGGAGCCCACGACCGAGGCAACGAGGAUCAAGAUCCGCCAGGCGACUGAGCAGCGCGGCAAGCGGGUUCGCGUGUUUGGAUGGGUCCAUCGGUUGCGGCAGCAGGGCGGUAUGACCUUUGUCAUCCUCCGUGACGGCAGCGGCUACCUCCAGUGUGUGUUGUCGGGUCGCUUGUCGCAAACCUACGACGCUCUCACUCUCACCCUCGAGUCGACUAUCCAAAUCACCGGUGUCAUCAACCAGCUCCCGGAGGGCAAGACGGCGCCCGAGAACCACGAAUUGACGGCCGACUGGUUCGCCGUCGUCGGCAAGGCUCCCGGCGGUGACGACGCCUUCCUCAACCAGGUCAACGAGGACGCCGACCCUUCCCAGCUCGCCGACGCUCGUCACCUCGUCAUCCGCGGCGAGAACGCCUCCGCUAUCCUCAAAGUCCGCGCCGCCCUCCUCCAGUCCUUCCGCCAGUCCUACGCCAACCUCGGUCUCCUCGAGGUCACCCCUCCCUGCAUGGUCCAGACGCAAGUCGAGGGCGGUGCGACACUCUUCGCGUUCGACUACUAUGGCGAGCAGGCGUACCUCACGCAGAGCUCGCAGCUGUACCUCGAGACCUGCCUGCCCUCGCUCGGCGACGUCUUCUGCGUCCAGGAGUCUUUCCGUGCCGAGAAGAGUCACACCCGUCGCCACCUUUCCGAGUACACUCACGUCGAGGCCGAGCUCGCCUUCCUCACCUUCAACGACUUGCUUGAUCACAUCGAGGAGCUGAUCUGCCAAACCAUCGACCGCGUCCUCGCCGACCCCAAGAUCAAGGAGCUGAUCGACUUCCUCUGGGCCGGGAAGGGCAAGUUCGAGCCUCCCUCGCGACCCUUCAUGCGCAUGGACUACCGCGACGCCAUCAAGUGGCUCAACGAUCACAACAUCACUCGCCCGGACGACAACGGCGUUGAGGGCCCGCACGUCGUCGGUGACGACAUUGCCGAGGCUGCUGAGCGCAAGAUGACCGACACCAUCGGCCGGCCCAUCUUCCUGAUCAACUUCCCCAAGGACAUCAAAUCCUUCUACAUGAGCCGCGUUCCCGGCGACGAGGAGUACACCGAGUCGGUCGACCUCUUGAUGCCGAACGUUGGCGAGAUUGUCGGCGGCUCGAUGCGUAUUAGCGACCUCGACGAGCUCCUCGCAGCGUACAAGCGCGAGGGCAUCGACCCUGAGCCCUAUUACUGGUUCACCGACCAGCGCAAGUACGGCACCUCGCCGCACGGCGGAUACGGUCUCGGCCUCGAGCGUCUCCUUGCCUGGCUGCUCAACCGGUACACCGUCCGCGAGUGCUCGCUCUACCCUCGGUGCAUUCCGAUGACUACCUCACCUCGACGUCUUGCUGACCUCUUCUUUCGCAGGUGGACCGGCCGCUGCACGCCCUGA